AAUAGCUACUCCCGCCACUCUUUCUUCUUCUUCAUCCUCUUUGUUGUCUCUAUACCUCCUUCUGGUUAGUUGAAUUAAUUACUAUUAUUAUAGAUUAAAUAAUAAAAAUGGGUGUUAGAGGUAGAAAGAAGAAAUUAAACAUCACCAAAACAACACAAGAAGAAGAAGUAGACUUUGUUUCUCUUAACAAGAAGGAGAAAAAAGAUAUUUUGAGUGAUGACUCUGAUAUUGAAGAACAUCAACAAGAAGAGAUUGUGGAUAGGUCUGAUUUGUCUUCAGACGGCGAAGAAGACGAUGCCUUCGCUGCCGAUAUUUUACAAGGCGACGACGACGACGAAGAUGACGACAAAGAUGUUGAUCAAGAGAUGGGAUCAGGGUCGGAGUCAGAUUCUGAUGGUUCCGAAAAAGAUAUUGAUGAUAUAUCCAAAGUCAUUGAUAUUAAAAGAAAGAAAGAACAACAAGAUGCAGAGGAUGAACUACAGCUUAACAUCAGAGAACAACCUGAUGAGUUUCGGUUGCCGACACAGGAGGAACUUGAAGAGGAGGCUCGUGGACCACCUGAUCUCACUGGUCUUAAACAAAGAAUACAAGAGGUUGUUAGGGUGCUCUCAAAUUUUAAAGAUUUGAGACAAGAGGGAGUAACGCGAAAGCAAUAUGUAAACCAACUUAAGUUGGAUUUGGGUUCAUAUUAUGGCUAUAAUGAGUUCCUUAUAACUUCUUUCAUUGAGCUGUUUCCACCUGUUGAACUUAUGGAAGUGCUUGAAGCCUUUGAAAAGCCUCGACCUAUUACCCUCCGUACCAACACAUUGAAGACACGAAGACGAGACUUAGCUGGUGUUUUGUUGAAUCGAGGAAUCAACUUAGACCCCCUAAGCAAGUGGUCAAAGGUUGGUCUGGUUGUUUAUGAUCAUCAAGUACCAUAUGGUGCAACCCCUGAGUAUUUGGCUGGUCAUUACAUGGUGCAAAGUGCAAGCUCUUUUUUACCUGUUAUGGCCCUCGCUCCUCAGGAGAACGAGCGGAUUGUUGACAUGGCGGCUUCUCCUGGUGGUAAAACGACUUAUAUUGCAGCUCUGAUGAAGAACACUGGUAUAAUUUACGCUAAUGAGAUGAAGGAGCAGAGGCUAAGUAAACUGACAUCAAAUUUACAGAGAUUGGGUGUCACAAACACUAUAGUAUGCAGCUACGAUGGGAGAGAGCUUCCCAAAGUUUUGGGUCACAGAGCAAUAGACAGGGUUUUGUUGGAUGCUCCUUGCAGUGGUACCGGGGUUAUAUCUAAAGAUGAGUCUGUCAAAACCUCAAAAAGUGCUGCUGAUGUGCAGAACUGUUCUCGUCUACAGAAGGAACUUAUACUCGCGGCUAUUGACAUGGUGGAUGCAAAUUCAAAGUCAGGGGGUUAUGUGGUUUAUUCAACAUGCUCUAUGAUGGUUAUCGAGAAUGAAGAUGUAAUAGACUAUGCACUAAAGAAGAGGGAUGUUAAACUUGUGCCAUGUGGAUUAGACUUUGGUACCAAAGGGUUUAAAUGCUUUAGGGAACGUCGUUUUCAUCCGUCAUUGGAAUUGACAAGACGUUUUUAUCCACAUGUGAACAACAUGGAUGGCUUUUUUGUUGCGAAGUUACAGAAAAUGAGUAAUUUAGAGGGUGCUCCAGCGACAAUUUCUGAACUGCAAGAAGUCGUGGAGGAAGGUACUGAGUUUGAACCUAGCACUGCACAGAUCCCAAAAGCAGAAAUCGCGCUGCCUCAGAAGAACCGUCCAGUGAUUAAAGAGAGUCAAAAGUCGAUCCGUAAAAAUGGUUCUCUUAAAAGAAAGAAAGAAGAAAAUUCUGUACCCACCGGGAAGAGGAAGAAAUAUAAACCUCCUCCUAGAGAAGAGAUCUCAAAAGCCAGGGAAGAGAAGAGACAAGCUUUAAGAGAAGCCAAAAAGAAAGCUACCAAGGAAACAAAAUUCCGAAGCAAGAAAGCCACACCUGCGGUAUGAUAUGUUCAACGUGGAUUCACUAUCGUAUACUACUACUAGAAUUGUCAAACGCGUCAUGUCCAAAUUCAUUUACAUGCCGGUAUUUUUUGAGAAUGAAACUAGCAUUAUAGGUUAUUUGUAUUUCUCUGUUCAAGUUGUUGUCUGUCCCGAACCAAGGGCUUGCUUGCAAAUCGUUUUGAACUUGUGUUACUUGUGGGUAGUAUUACUUGAGGAUCGGUGGCAUAUUUUAUUUCUUGUUAUUUACUUGUUCUAACAAUCUCUUAAAUGUAAUUUUUGAUUUUCUGGUUUA